CUUUUGGCGCUCUGCUUUCGUUCCGUAAAAAAGAAACGCCAUUCUAUGUUGUGCAUUCUUUGAUUCUUGAAUAGAUAAACAGCUUUAAAGAAAGGUUCUAGUGCGCAAAAAAGCAUGGAUGCGUUUGUUAAACAUAUUGCCACGCUUUAUCCCUGCCGGGACGCGAUCGUACGCAAGCUCUACAAGUAUUACCGCACUGGCGAUCCGUUUCCACCGGCACUGUACAUCUACGGACAAUCAUCCACUGGGAAAGCUUCGAUUGCUCGUGAAGUGUUACGUAGCGAUGGAAGCGACUUUAGAUGCGCCCACAUCAACGUGAUCAGCUGCUAUACGAACAAGAUUCUGUUCGAAACCAUUGCCCGCCAGUUGGAGGGAACGGAGUUAACGCAGGCCAACAAUUACAGUUACGAACGGAAGCUUGAGUAUGUGAAGGAUUUUUUGGCGGCAUUACAGCAGCUUAACCGGGCAGGAUCGUACGUGGUAGUGCUACAGAAUGCGGAACGGCUUCGUGAUAUGGCGCACAAUCUGUUGCCUUUGUUUCUGCAGCUGCCGGAAGCGACUGGGUUGAAUAUUUCGGUUGUGCUGCUGUCUUCACUGCCGUUUGAGAAGUUCUACAUCAAAACGGGCCUACCACCGGUAGUGAAGCUGUUUGUACCGGAAUAUACACGCAAUGAAAUGCAGCGUAUUCUAAUGAACGAUUACACUUUGCAUAUUGAACGUUUGGCCAAGCACGAGGAGUUCGAUAAGAAUACCAACAAUCAAAGUCGGGAUUGGUUGUCCGCUGUGACGCAGGAUUUUCAUCGCAACUAUGUGAAUUUGUUUCUCGGCACGUUUUGGAAGGUGUGUCGCGAUGUGAAGGAGCUUCGUCUGGUCGCGGGCGAUUGUUUUGUGCCGUAUUGUGAACCGAUACGAGACGGCACAAUCCCAGCAACUGAUGCCAUGAACCUUUGGCGUAACAUUACAAAAACAUUAAAGGUAGCACUCAGCACAAUGUACAUGCGGCUCGGGACACGACAUACGGGUACGAGCAGCGGGAUUAGUGCAACAACAUCAACCUGGCUACCACAGUACAUCGAGUUGCCGUAUUACGCUAAAUAUCUGCUAAUUGCUGCCUACCUUGCUAGUAACAAUGCGACCAAAGAAGAUAAACGACUGUUUGUGAAAAACCACGGUAAGCAACGGAAACGUUUGCAGACGGUAAAUGCACGUGCCAAGGUGGUAGAAAAGAUGACUACCAAGCUAGGCCCGAAAGCUUUCAAUAUUGACCGUCUGCUGGCGAUUUUUUAUGCCAUACUGGACGAGAAGAUUGGUUUAACGUGCAACCUAAUGGCACAGAUUUCCACACUCGUGCACUUGAAGUUGCUUACGUACGCAACGGUCGAUGGCGUUGGAGGAACGUUGGACGGAUCCGUCACUCGACUUCAAUGUACGGUCGGGUUGGAUUUUAUCAUGCACAUUGGUCGGAUGGUCGGUUUCAACGUACGCCAGUAUUUGAGCGAUUUCUUCUAA